AACAACUCGCCUCAGCCCCCCCAUCUUGCAAAUUCGAGCCCAGAGCCCACUCGCAGCAGGGGAUUGUUCCGUCCAUGGCCAUGAGGGUCGACUCGGCGAUCCUCGCCGUCGUCAUCGCCUUCCUUCUCCCCCUCCGCCUGCUCUCCCUCUUCACCCGCCAGAACUCCUCCGGCAGCGCAGGCGACCUCCGCCGAUCCUGCGCCGCCCUCGCCAUCGCGGCCGCGCUCCUCGCCACCUUCUUCGCCCUACCCCGCUACGACGGCGGUCGCACGGGACAGUGCGCCGCCUCCGUUGGUUCCGCUUGGGAGGAGGGUGUCGGCCGAGAGGUUCGGUUGGAGAUCGAGCAGCUGCAGCUGCAGCUCAACCGAUUGGAAUCGUUCUGGAAAAACAAUGCAAAAGCACCGGAUGACAAAGGUGAUGCUUCAGAGGAAUAUGUCGAGGUUGUGAAAGCGAUGGGACUGGACAUUCAGGCUCUGAUCAAGGAACAAGAAGACAUCAAGGAAUCAUUAUGGAGUUCUGGCAGUACUAUCAACUCAGUCGAAAAUGAGGUUCGAAUUCUGGCGGCAGAAUCCAGAAAGAUGAACUCUGAUAUUUACAGCGUGUGGUCAUUGGCCAACGAUACAGAGAAAACGGUUGAAGCUCUACAUUCAGAUGUCCAGAAGGCUCAAAUUCUAAUGGAUGAAUCAAGGAAGAUGAACUCUAAUACUCACCAGAUAUGGUCAUUGGCAAAGGAUACAGCAAAAAAGGUCGAAUCUCUGUAUGCAGAUGUUGCAAAGGUUCAAACUGUAAUUGACAUAUCAAAAAAGAUGGAGUCUAAUAUGCACAAAGCGUGGUCCUAUGCAAAGCAAACAGAGAAGAGGGUUGAAGAUAUAUAUUCAGAUGUCAAAAAGGGCUUCAAGAAGAAGGGGGUGAAUCUUCCAUCCUGGAUGAAGACUUGAUGGACCAGCAUUGGGCAUUGGCCUGGGCAUGGAGUAAUGUAGAGAAGCCACCCGGCCUUGCGUCAGCGAAUCUGCAAUGGCCCUUGAUAUUGUAAGACACACUUACGGUCCUAGUAUUACGACGCUUAUCGGCUUUGUGGACAUGGUCAUGAUGUGUUUCUGAUCUGACUUGCUCACUUCCUGUUUCUGUGCCGUCAUGGUAUGUAUAUAUUGAUGAUGUACAGGGGUAAUGCAAUAAGAUGCAACUUUCAGGACUC